CGCGGGGCGCCCGCGGCAGGCGCGGGGGGCGGCGCCCCCCGGCUGGCUCGACGGCGGUCGUGGGCAGGCCUCGGAAGUCGCAGGUGACCCUGCCGGCGAAGUCGGCGAUCCUCCCCGCGCGACUGCGGCCCCGCCGGCACGGCCGGGUGCCCCGCGGGCGCCGUCGGCGACCCCUCCGCCGUGCAGCGGGCGGUCACAGUGCAGGGGCCGCAGCGCUGGCCAUGAUGAUGGGGCUCAAGCUGGAGAACCGCGCGUGGCGCAUCCCUCCCGGCUGGUACGCGCUGCACGUGGGCGUGCAGCGAGGGAGCGAUUGGGGCCGCAAGGCCGGUGCCUGGCACCCAGAGCUGCCUCCAGAGGAAGAGCUGGGGGACCUCUUCGGGUCGGUGGUGGGCCUGCUCCACCUGGCAGAGCAGCGCACCAGGGAGCAGUGCAACGGCCACCAGUGGGCUCUGGGCCCCAUCUGGGGAGUCUGCCACGUCGUGUCGCACGCCGUCCGCCUGCGGCGGCCCCUGCGCCAGCGCGGCGACAAGGGCCUCUGGCAGCUGCCGGCGCGGACCAAAGCACUGCUCGUCGAGCAGCUGCGCGCCUGCGAGGUGGUCCGCCACGACCUGGCGCCCGUCGGCGGCCGCGCCGCGCCUGCGCUGGCCGCAACGCCGGCGGGCGCUGGGGUCGGAGAGGCGCCGCCGCGGCCGCCGCGGCCGGGCGGGCCCGGCGGUGCAGGCCCAGGUCGGCCCGACGGCGGCACUGGUGGAUCGCCCGCCGGCCACGGAGGACCGAAUGCCUUUCUGAGAGGUCGGCCCGCUGGCGGCGCUGGUGGAUCGCCCGCCGGCCACUGAGGACCGAACACCGCCUGGUCCUGCAGGGCGCGGACCCACCUGGCCAGAUGCUGGCCGCCGCCGCGGUCCGAAAAACGGAGCGCUUGUGGAUCGCCCUCUGGGCACCGAUCGGGCCGGACGAUGCCCGAGGGUUCCCAAAGAGGGGUCGUGCAGCAUGCCCGCCAGCACGGACGUGUGGGACUGCCGCAAGUUGGCGACGCUGCAACAUCGACUCGGGCAUCACGGCGUGAGGGCCCCCACCGUGUUCGGGGACCGUCAAAAAGGGCUCGGGAUGAAUAGCCAAGCACAUCAUAUCUGAAGAGCCUCACCUCCGCCGUGCCUCCCCAC